UAAAAGGGAACUGCGCACAACUGUUGCAGGACAGAGGGGGCUCUCUGCAGGGCAGAAAGAACACUUCAAUCUGGACUUACCACCAGCCCUGUGCUUUAGAUAAAUUAUUUUAUAUUUACUUUACAGUAUCCACUCAACAAAAAUGACUGCAAGUAUCGUUUCUCCUUUCUUCGACUACAACGAAAUGAACAAGAACAAUAAGAUGUUUAACUACAACAACAAUACUUUUGGUGGGCCCCACUCCACAUCUGUCCCAGUCUGCACUGGUGCCAACAACCCUCCCUCUUGCCCCCCCACUGGUUCCCUGCUGGACAGGAAGGUAGUGGGGGCCCCCUCUGCAGGGGGCAGUGGGCUGUUCCAGCGCCGCCACUCCGUCACCCUCCCCAACACCAAAUUCAACCAGAAUCAGUUCAUCAACAGUCUCAAGGCUGACCCCUCCUCGCUCCUGAUUGGUGGUGGCAGUAACAACAAGGAGAACCGCUUCCGGGACCGCUCCUUCUCUGAGACCGGGGAUCGCCUCAAGCCGGGCAGCCAGCUCCAGUGCCUUGGCGGCGGGCAGGGCCAGCAGCAGCAGCAGGUCAACUCCAGCCGCUACAAGACGGAGCUGUGCCGGCCCUUCGAGGAGAACGGCACUUGCAAGUACGGUGACAAGUGCCAGUUUGCCCACGGCAUGCACGAGCUGCGUAGCCUGAGCCGCCACCCAAAGUACAAGACGGAGCUGUGCCGCACCUUCCACACCAUCGGCUUCUGCCCCUAUGGCCCGCGCUGCCACUUCAUCCACAACGCAGAGGAACGCCGCGGCCCGCCGCCACCGUUCUCCACUUUCAACAAGAUGGAUCGCCCCCGCCUCCAGCACAGCUUCAGCUUCGCCGGUUUCCCCAGCCAGGGCGGUCUACAGGACAGCCCCACCUCGGUCACCCCGCCGCCCAUUUUCUCCACAGAGGACCUGGGCGAGUGGCCCAGCAACCCCUUCACCUACUCCAGCCAGGAGUUGGUCAAUCUGUUUGGCCCGAGCCUAGUAGGGGGGCCCCCUGUCUUGGAGCCCAACCUGCUGGCCCCGGCGCCGCACUCCCCCACUACCCCCUGCUUCUUCCGGCCCAUGUCGGAGUGUCCCCCCAGCCCCCCGGACUCUCUCUCCGACCAGGAGGGCUACCAGAGCAGCCUGGGCAGUCAGAGUGGUUCCGAAUCCCCCAGCCUGGAUGCCUCGCGCCGCCUGCCCAUCUUCAGCAGGCUCUCCAUCUCUGAUGAUUAGAGAGCCUACACCCCCGGUGCCUGGGAUGGAUGCAUGGAGUGAGAAAGUGAGUGCCUGUCUCCCCAUGGUCCUGUCCCCCUCGUCUCCUGGCCUUGUUUACAACCCAGAAGUGGACAUGAUUCUGUGUCGCAGUGUUGUAGCCACUGAGUCCAAUCAGGAAACUCAGCUGCCCCCCCCCUCAUCUCAGAUGCCUCCAAUUAGUCAAUCGAGGUGUUUUUGUUUUACCCAAACAAUCAUUCAGCCAAGUGGUCACUCAAGAAUCGUGAGUAGCAAGUUGGCCCUGGGUGAAGUGCUACAAUAACGGUGUACAGUAGAAAUCAGAGGGGAUGGAUAAGGUCUGUGGGAAGUUUCAGUAUGUCCCAAGGCAGGAUUUCCCUGUCGUUUUGUGUGUAGCGGUGCUGCAGAUCUUCACUUUGCCAUUGCUGCCUGUGCCACAGCUAUCUUCAAAAACAUCCCAUACUUUUACAUCUCAAGAGGACUUGUGACAAAUUCGUGCUCCAUUUUUAAAAAGGGUCACAUUUCCCUUCAAGUUAAACCAUAAAAAAAAUGAUUGGACGACCAGAUUAAAUGAAGUGCCUUGGUGUUGUCCGAUCAAUGUGCGGGACUACAAUUGUUACUUUUUCCACGUCCUAAUGAUUGCAAAAAAUAUUUUUCCAGCUUUUUUUUUAUAAAAAAAAAAGUAUAUUAUGAGGACUAGACAAACACAGAUGUUUUAAAAAAAUAUUUUUUAGAAUCAGGGCUGGAAGAGUUUUUCAUUUUCGUUUGGCGCUACUAAGAACCCUUAGUAAUUGUCUACUGGUCUGUUUGGUUUCUUUAGUUGUGUGGAGUAGGACUGUUCAUCAAUGUAAACUGGUCGUUAAACAUUCAUAUGUGAGCUUGGCCUGCCCCCCUUCUCCUAGCCCCCACUCGGCUCAAUAGCUGACUGAGAUGAUACCUCAGUCACCGCUGUCAAAUCACAUGAGCGCCAUGCUCUCCCAUCGAUUCCACCUUGUUCAACUAUAUUGUUUUGUAAAACCUUCAAAUGGAAGGUUUGCUUGUCACUGCUUAUUUAACUUAUCAAAAUGUAUUUAUUGCUGAUCUUAAAGCAUUUUUUUUAUUUUGUAUUUAUCUGGAUAAUGAAACGAUAGAAUAUAUUUUCUUUUAUGUUAAAUUAUGAUCUUCCGUAUUAAUCGUAAGAUUGUGAAGACUUUUUUUUUCUUUUUUUUUACAGGUAAUAUAUUAUACUGCAAUGACAUUUUUUUUAUUUUGUAACUACACUUUGAUUUAUUUUGAAAGUGAAUCUUAAUUUAAAUACAAAAAUGCAAAUGUUUUUGCGUUUAUAUUUAUUGUUUUUCCUCUUCCCUGAUAUUGGACUGUGGUUUUCAGGUUCUCUAUUUUGAUGUCUUAAUUUCUCUUCCAGUUGUGGGCUGCAGCAGCUCUCGAAGGCCCUCUAGAAUGUAGACGAAGUUGAGUAACAGUCCUCUUCCUGUUAAUUCACUGUCCCUUUGACUGGGAAAAAAAAUCUACAUUUUAGUAUUUAAGAAGUCACUUAGCCUAUAUAACCAGCAGUUACGCUGUAAACGACAAAUAGAAAGCUCUUAUUUGAAUUAGUUAUGGACGAUCACCUAUUCCGCAAUACCAUGCAUACAUUUACUAGCACUUUUAGUUGAUGUGUUGUUGGACCACUCGUUCCCAUAAGUGCCUAUCGAAUACAUUCCAGGUAUCCCCAAGUGUUGUGCCUUCAUCACAUGUUUUAUAACACAGCAGAUUUAAGCCCGAACUUGUAGUUAAGUAUAAAGGUUAACAGGAUUGACACAUGACAUGAAAAGCAACAGUUGAAUGUAUUCUUUAUAGCAGCUGUUGCUGUUCACUACAGUAGUUUAUUUGUUCUCAUGUAUUUUUUUUUUAAAUGACAGAUUGCAGUUUAAACUUAACUAAUAAAACCCAUAUUUCUAUUGAA